ACUUUUUUUGGAAAAAAAGCAAGAUUUCCCUUUUCCUAUAUCCGACCUAAUCAAACUUUUUUUAAAUAUUAAAGAUCGGUUGGGUAAAAAGUCAGAAUUCGAAAUUUUAAAUAAACAAUCCCCCCCAAAAAGAAACAACCAGGAAGACGUAAUGGAAUUCUGGGAGACCAUUCCACAUGGACACAAAACAAGAGGUAUUCUGUUACUAGCUCAAUCAACUUUUAGAAAAUAUAUUAAAUUACCUUUAUUGAUAAUAGCUAAGAAUAUUGUCCGUAUUUUAUUACGACAAUCUCCGGAAUGGGAUGAGGAUUUCCAAGAUUGGAAUAGAGAAAUUUAUCUAAAAUGCAGCUCUAAUGGUCUUCAAUUCUCCAAAACAAAAUUUCCUAAAAAUUGGUUACGCGGAGGUUUUCAGAUAAAAAUCCUAUAUCCUUUUCAUUUGAAACCUUGGCACAGAUCUAAGCUAAGACUCUAUGAUUCUGAUAGAGAUCUAAAGCAACAAGAGGAUUUUGAUUCUUGUUUUUUAACAGUUUUGGGAAUGGAAACGGCACAUCCUUUUGGUCCUCCUCGAAAAACACAUUCCUUUUUUGAACCCAUUUUUAAAGAUAUAGACUAUAAAGUCAAAAUCAGAAAAUUAAAUUUUAGAGUUCGAAGAAUUUUUAAAAAAAUAAAAAAGAAAGAAGCAAAAGCAUUUUUCUUUAUAAAACAAAAAAUAAAAGAACUUUUAAAAGGAAAUAAAAUUCCAUUAUUUCUACCGAGAGAAAUAUAUGAAUCAAGUGAAACUCAAACAGAAAAGGAUUCCAUAAUCAGCAAUCAGAUAAUUCAUGAAUCACUUAGUCAAAUUCGAUCUACAGGUUGGACAAAUUAUUCACAGGCAGAAGAAGAAAUGAAACAUAGGAUUGAUAGAAGAAAGACAAUCAGAAAUGAAAUAGAAAUAAUGAAAAAAAAUAAAAUUAAUAAUGCAGAAUCAUCCCAAAAAAUUUUGAAAAUAUUAAAAAUAAAAAAUAUUGAAUUAUUAGUUAAAUUUUUCAUUGAAAAAAUAUACAUAAAGAUCUUUCUAUGUAUCAUUAAUAUGCACAGAAUCCCUCUACAACUUUUUAUCCAAUCAACAAAAAAAAUUAUUGAUAAUGAUAAAUACAUUAACAAUAAUGAAACAAAUCAAGAAAGGAUUAAUAAAACAAAACAAAAUAAAAUUGACUUUAUUUUGUCUAUGACUAUAAAAAGGACUUUUGAUAAUCUUAGAAAUAGUAAGCGGAAGUCAGAUAUUUUUUUUGAUUUAUCUUACUUGUCACAAAAAUAUGUAUUUUUCAAAUUAUCACAAACGCAGAUUAUUAACUUCAAUAAGUUAAGAUCUAUUCUUCAAUAUAAUGGACCGUCUUUUUGUCUUAAGACUGAAAUAAAGGAUUUUUUUGGAAGACAAGGCAUAUUUCAUUCCGAAUUAAGACAUAAUAAACUUCCAAAUUAUGGAAUGAAUCCAUGGAAAAACUGGUUAAGAGGUCAUUAUCAAUACGAUUUAUCUCAGAUUACAUCGUCUAGAUUAAUCCCCCAAAAAUGGCGAAAUAGAAUCAACCAAUGCCAGACGUCUCAAAAUAAAGAUUUAAACAAAUGGUAUUCCUCUGAAAAAGACUAAUUACUUGAUUAAAAAAAAACAAAAUUCGAAAGUCUAUUUAUUACCAAAUAAAGAGGAUAAUUUAAAAAAAAACUAUAGAUAUGAUCUUUUAUCAUAUAAAUAUAUUCAUUCUGAAACUAAAAAUAACUAC